GGGAAGGCACGAGAAAGAGAGAGAGAGAGAGAGAGAGAGAGAGAGAGAGAGGGAGCAAGAGAGAGGGAGAGGGAGGGAAAGAGAGAGUGAGAGAGCGGGAGGGAGAGAGGAGAAAGCGUGUGUGUGCGUGUCUCUGUGUGUGCGCGUGGAUUGCACCACCGCAUCCCGUUCACCGUUUCUGCAGGCGGCCAUGCUCUGAUGGAGAGAAUAAAACUGACAAGCUUUUCUUUUUCCUCAGAUUUGUCCACCGCUGUGUCAUUCCAGAUGUGACUGACAAGUCGUUUUAUGUCGCCCGCAUUGAGUCCUGUGCCGUUCAUCUCGGAGAGACUGUGACACCAUGGCUUUGGUUAUGGAACCUAUAAGUAAAUGGACACCAAAGCAAGUGCUGGACUGGAUGAAAGGUCUGGAUGACUGUCUCCAGCAGUAUGUGAAGAGUUUCGAGCGGGAGCAGAUGGGGGGAGAGCAGCUGCUGCACAUCACCCAUCAGGAGCUGGAGGAGCUGGGUGUCACCAGAAUAGGACAUCAGGAGCUCAUCCUAGAAGCUGUCGACCUCCUCUGUGCCCUGAACUACGGCCUAGAGACAGAGAACCUCCGGACUUUGUCCCACAAGCUAAAUGCUUCAGCAAAGAACCUCCAGAACUUCAUCCUGGGCCGGCGGAGGGGCGGACACUAUGAUGGACGAGCUUCCCGGAGGCUACCCAAUGAUUUCCUUACCUCAGUGGUGGAUCUGAUUGGUGCAGCCAAGAACCUUCUAGCUUGGCUUGAUAGGUCUCCAUUUGCCAGUGUGACAGAGUAUUCAUUACUGAAGAACAACAUCGUGCAGCUCUGCCUAGAAUUAACUACCAUUGUACAACAGGAUUGCACUGUGUAUGAGACAGAGAAUAAGAUUCUCCAUGUGUGUAAGACCUUAGCAGGGAUAUGUGACCACAUCAUCUCUCUGUCAUCAGACUCUCUGGUCUCUCAGUCUGCCCAUCUGGAGGUGGUCCACCUUACCAGCAUUAUGCCCAGCGAAGGGCUGGGGAUGUAUAUCAAAUCGACAUAUGAUGGACUCCACGUCAUCACUGGAACCACAGAGAAUUCUCCAGCAGACCAGUGUAAGAAGAUCCAUGCAGGUGAUGAGGUGAUCCAAGUCAACCACCAGACAGUGGUGGGCUGGCAGCUGAAGAACCUGGUGAACGCUCUUAGAGAGGACCCAUGCGGAGUCAUCCUCACGCUGAAGAAAAGGCCCCAGAACACCCUGAGCUCCACACCGGCUCUGCUCAGGAACGUCCGCUGGAAACCGCUGGGCCUGCAGCCGGUCCCCACCAGCCCCACCAGCACCUCCCCAACACCCGGUGGGACUUUAGGCAUGUCCAAAAUGGAUGCCCCCAGCAUGCAGGACGUCUACAUCCUCUCUCCUGUCUCCGGACUCUACAGCACCAGGGAGGAGCUGGGUCUGAUGUCAUGUGACGACAUCAGCCGCUACAGCGUGAGCUCCCAGUCUGGCUCCAAAGGUUCAGAGGCAGUCAGCUACUACCUGGACCAGGACAGCGGUCAGUACUUCUCCUUGCUAGAGGGAGACGGACCCCCGGGGCCUGACUACGACAGGGGCCGUAACACAGGGGUUCGCCGGCGGGACAAGACCCCCACCCAUGGUGACCUCAGACCUGUUUCCAUGCCUCCCGAAUAUAACUGGAUGGCCGAGGCCAAGGAACCCAGCAUGGGCAAGAGAGGGAGUCGAGAUUCAGACAACUCUCUGCUGCGUUACCUUAGCGACGACAAGAUCCUGGUGAUCGAGGAGGAGCCUGAGGGUCCAGGCAGAGAGAGCCGGCGGGAUUCCACCAGACGCUCUCGGCGCAAGAGCCGCAAUCCCAGCAGCCCUAGCUUUCCCAUCAGUCCCUCCAUGUUGUCUUCAACCCUGCGCCUAGACCAGCCACCUGAUGCUUUGCCUCGAGGUGCGGACACACUGCGAGCAGACACAACAGACAGGUACUCGGGCUCAGGAAGCUCAGGAGCAGCCUCCAUGAGGAAGUCUUUCCAUUACACCUCUCUAAGAACAAAAACCAAAAAGAGAAGUAAAGGAUCCCUCACUAGUGCCAGUCGAAGGAGAAUUUCCUGUAAGGACCUAGGCCACGGUGACUGUGAGGGCUGGCUGUGGAAGAAAAAGGAUGCCAAAGGCUACUUUACUCAGAAAUGGAGGAAGUACUGGUUUAUCCUCAAAGAGUCCUGCCUCUACUGGUACACCAACCAAAACGAUGAGAAGGCUGAGGGCUUCAUCAGCCUCCCUGAGUUCAGAAUAGACCGAGCCAUAGAGUGCAGACGGAAAUUUGCCUUCAAAGCCUGUCAUCCCAAAAUCAAGAGCUUCUUCUUCGCCACAGAUUGUCUUGAGGAAAUGAACAGGUGGAUGAACCGACUGGGGCUAGCUGCUAUUGGCUACACACCAGAUGACAAGGUGCCACGCCCUGAUGAAGACUACUGGAGUGAGAGUGAUCAAGACGAGGUCGAUGGCUCAAUGACACUCAAACAGGAGGGACCCUCAUCCCUCUGUGAUACUUAUCACCGCACACCAUCAGUCAAUUCUUCUAGCCCCUUCCCGGAGCCCAAGCACGGCCGACACUUCUCCAGUGAGUCCACACACUCCCAUUCCUCAGCUGAGGACCAGCGUGGAGAUGGCAUGGGCAUGGGCACGGGCACGGGCAGCACCAGUACGCACUCGUCUGGCUGCCGCUCUUCACAUCGUGAGCGCCGCUCUUGGCAGGACCUCAUCGAGACCCCUCUGACCAGCGCAGGGCUGCACUUCCUCCAGACAGCGCCGGGGGAGAGUGAUUAUGGAGGCCUAAUGGGGAGCAUGGCCGGAGAUAUGGGGCUCUAUGGAGGGCUGGGCAGACAUGGCAUGUCCCCGGAGAGACGCAGGCAGGCCACUCUGCCCGUACGGAGACACCACGCCGCCGAGAGGGACAGGGAGCGGGACGGGCCCUUCCCUCUGGAGCGGGGGCCACACACACACAGUCACACACACCGACGCUCCCAUAAGCAGCGGAGCCAGAGUCUGCCCAGGAACAGGGACCCGAUGCCAGGAAAGCUGAUACACACCUCAGCUCAUAUGGAGGAGAGGAGCGAGGACGAGGAGGCAGAGGGGCAGGCUGGAGAUAUGCUCGAGGGUGAGGAGGACCUGCGGGAAUUGAGAGUUGAGAGCAGAGAGAGGAGGGUGUCAGAAGGAAGGGAGCGGCGAGUAUCAGAGGGCCGUGAGCCAGAGCCAUUAGAUGGUCUAGAGCAGCUGUACCGGGCCUUGGAGCAAGCUAACGUGACGGCCCUAGGAGACCCGAGACCUUGUAGCAGGCAAGAGCUUCGACGCUGUUUCACCCAGAGAGCCAGGGACCCUCUGCUCAACGAUAGGCUACACCGGGUGCGAGCCCUCCGCAGCACCUUGAAGGCCAAAGAGUCGGAGCUGGCGGUAAUCUGUGCCCUCCUGGAGGACCCUGGCCUGUGCUCCCAGACCUUCAGAGAGUGGAAGCAGUGGCACAGCGAGCUCUACUCAGACAUCUGCCAGCUCAGCCCCGGUACCAACGGCCAGGACGACCUCUCCCCGCUGGCCGCACCUCUCAUGACCCACACACACUCCUUCAUUGAGACACAUGUGUGAGAAAGAGAAGAGAAGCAAAGACUGAACUGAUACAUGUACACACACACACACACACACACACACGCACACACACACACACAGAGCUUUACAUUAGCUGAACCCUCUCCCUUGAUCACGACUCUGAGCACGCACUCACACAAACACACAUACAGGAACACACAUUGUAAGAUGUGUAAAUAUCAUAGAGGGAACAGUCUGAGACCUGCGUGUAUGAACUUUUGAUAAUCCUGAGGACCCCACAGGGUGCCUAUUGCAUGCCUGAACAGAAAGCAUUAAUCUUCCUUUGUCUAUGGAACUCAGCAUAAACGCCACACGCUUGUCGAGCAAAAUGGAAAAAAGGAGACUUUUUAACAUGUUCAUUCCUUUGUAUUGGUUUUGCAAUUUUUUUUCCCGGUUGAUUUUAGGGGGGCAGGGGGAGCUAUGUAGCAGCAAUACAGAGGAGAAUCCUUUUCACCACAGCACUGUACUUUUGUACUGAUGAACUUUGCACCCAGAGCCACCAGUUCUCCCCCUUACUCUCUCUCUCUAUCUUUUUUUCUCUCACUGCAUAUCUCACUGAUUUACAGGGACCUUACUGUUACUCCAGGCUGAUGUGACGGGAAAGUGAGGGCAGUGACUUUAGUAUAAGACUGUGAAAGGUAGCCAUCAAUGCUGGUUUAUCUGUUUUAGCCGAAGCGUCACAAGCAUUGAGAAACCAUUGUGCUGACUAGAUGCACACUAUUUCAAACUGUGAACUGUUAUAUAAAAAAACACACAAUUUUAUCUGCAGAAGGAGGCUCCUCUGAUAGAGUGCAAUUCUAUGAUUCAGUUUGCAUUCUCUCUCUCCUCUCUCUCUGUGUUUCUCUCCAUCUCCUCCGUCUCUUUUCUUAAUUUUUUCCUUUUUUUCCCCCUUCUCUCUCUUUCUCUAGUCCUCAAAGACUUGUGUAUAUGUGUAUACUGCUGUGUAUACUGAUGUAAAUGUUUGCGUUCCACUACCACUGUGAUAUGCUUCUAGAGGUAGCGGAGGGAAGACGGAGAGUAUGUAUUUGUGUGGGUGCAAAACAAUUUGUUUUUUCUUUUUUCAUUUUUCUUUUCUUAAACAGCGAAUGCAAGAGCUAGAGAGUUCUUUUCAAAGGAGUCACUCACUACAAAGAAUGCACUUUCUAUAUCUCUAUAUCUCAUUGGCUGCAUCACAGGGUCUAUGUCUCAUCGGCCUCUUUACCAUUGCUGUUCAAAAUAUCAGGUAAAAGCAUUUGCCGUCUCAUUUUCUAAAGAUUUGUGUACAGUCUACAAAUAUAUUUAAACAUAGAAGAAUAUAUAAAUCUAUUUACGUUUUGUGUCAUAGAUAUAAUGUAAAGUAUGAUGUAUUCUAUGCCAAGGUUUUGCAGUGUCCCCCUCUUCACUCUGUAGAUGCAGGGUGUUUAGCAGUUGAACAACUAGGAGGCGAACAACAACAACCACCACCAUCACUGACAGUUGAUUGACAGUUUUUACUGGUUUACAUCAUGGCUGACCCUUCUCCUGGUGAUGUGUUGCAUGAGAAAAGGCCUGGGACUGAUUUGAUUGGACAGGGUAAAAUAUCGUGGAUCAUUUGUGUUCUUCUUCUUUUUCUUUUUAUCUUCCUCUCAUGAUUGCAAGAUAAUUAGACUUGUAGCGCAUGAUACAUGCAAAAGUACUGUUGAAGAAUGACUUUUUAUUUAUAUGUUCAUAGGUUUUCUCAUUAGCUAGUGUUUGAAGACACAAACUGUACAAUAACUGAGGGAGGCAUUUUUGCUACUCAGUUGUUCGAUCUACUAUAGAUCCUUCUUUAGCAUCUAACUAGAUGGUUUCAAUUUGAUGUUUAGGUUUACAUAGAGAGGCUGACAUGCAUCCAAAGGUUUCAGGAAUCGUACCUGAGAGAUGACAGUACAGUUACUUCUAAAACGAAAGCUUUUAUGACAUUCCCGACAAAGCAUAUGGUUGAUACUGGACAGUCAAAGACCUCUACAUUAUUUGGUCUGUAAUGUCUGUGAAACUCAGAUGAAUCAUUUCAUCUGCAAUACCAGGCCAAGGACUCAACAGUGCCCCCCAGUGUCGAAGACUCUGAGAGACAUAAGUAGCACCUGCUGCAUCCAGCACUAUUUGUAUCUUAUUCUUCAUAUUUUACUGUAGUUCUUUGAGUGUAGGUUCAGGUUUUUCAUCAUGUCACACUGUUGUGAAAUAUCAAACACACCCCAGAGAUAUAGUUCAUGUUUUUUGAAUGGUUAAUUUGAGAGUAUACCACAAAGAAAACUAAAUGAUGCAAGCACUUUCCCUGUGCCUCCCAACCCUCUCUUUGGCAACAAUGGACUGACUAUACUGGCGAUCCUACACACACACAGCUGUAGAAGAGCUACAAUACAGUUUUAGUCUGCAGACCUCUCUCCGUUUCUCAUCUGUGGUGUUGGUCUUAUUUUUCCAACCGCUGCUCUGCUGAGCAGGCGACAUACUGUAGAUUAAGGAGUUAUGUGAGUUAUGAUUUGUAGGCACAGACUGUGUUAUCCCUCCCAGAUCUUUGUGUGUGUAGACCUGCAGAAACAGGCCGAAAAGGGAGAUUCCACUGUGUGUUCUUUCAGGGGUGUACACCUCAUGGUACAUUGCACAGGUGUGUAAGAUGUAAGUUGCACUGCGACAUUAAAAAAGGAACAUAUUGCUCUUUUUCAAGGAUAAUAUUAGCUUACUGUUAUUCUGUACAUUAAACUGACUAAAGAUGAUAUUAAAAAAGAAAGAAAAUGACAUUUAUUCUUCCUAAAGUAGCCUUUUUUGGUUUCAUAUAUAUGAAUAUAUAUAUUACAAAAAAUACAGAUUGUAAACUUAAGUUGUUAAACUUUGACUUCAAUAAACUGAAUCCUCUGCACUAUGA